UCCAUUACAUGAACUAAUAUACUAAGUGCAAUCUUUGUUAAAACAAAAUUGCAUGUCUAUUGUGUAGUGGGGAUUUAAAGAACAAUCAUGCUUCAUGAGACACCAUUAUAUGAUCAUCAUUCGGCUGACAUGUGGAGUUUUUGUUCAGUUCUGGUGUAGCUAUAUGACAGUGCCCCUUAAUGUGAUAGUUUCACAGAUGGGAUCGCGAUGUAAGAAGGCUCUAGUGACAGAGAGUGUUAGAGAUUCCUUACACAGUUGGUGUAAGAGAGUAAAACAGAAAUCUAAGCAUGAUCAUUCUCUGCAUUCACAUACCGCUAGAUCAAUAUGUUCCCUGGGAUCAACAAUCGAUGAGAGGGAUGAGAUAACAGUGGUAUCUGGCACUCUAACUCGAACAACUUCCUUAGACUUAGAGUCUUUGAAUCAGAUGACAGUAACUUCAGUAGACCAGCUGAAUUUUCUGACUUCAAACAACCUCGAUGAUUCAACCGAUUUGUCAGAAUCCGUACAUAUUAAUUCACAUUACAAUAAUGUUGACAACGGAGAGGAAGCUAAAGUUGAGACUCUUCUUGAUUUGUUUCACAAAACAUGAUCAAUAUUUUGUUUUAUAUAAGUCCUACUGCAUAACAA